CAGUCCCAAACUCCUACUUGUACUCCAUUGUAGAAACUGAGCUCAGCGUACCCGUCUCUCUCUUGUUCUCUGAACUCUGUGUCAGAAAUGAACCAGAUUCACCACAAGUACGUAACCGUACAAGGCCUGAAGCUCCAUGUCGCCGACAUCGGAACAGGUCCCAACGUGGUCGUGUUCCUGCAUGGUUUCCCGGAGAUAUGGUAUUCCUGGCGCCACCAGAUGAUCGCCGUAGCCGACGCCGGUUUCCGGGCCAUCGCUCCUGACUACCGCGGAUACGGACUAUCCGACCCGCCUCCCCAACCCGAGAAGACCUCCUCCCAUGACCUCAUCAAUGACCUUAUUGGAAUUCUUGAUGCUUUGGGUAUUCCUAAGGUUUUCCUCAUCGGAAAAGAUUUUGGAGCUAGACCGGUAUACUUGUUUGCCCUUCUGCACCCAGAAAAGGUGUUGGGAGUUGUAACAAUGGGAGUUCCAUACAGGCCACCAUCAACUCGUUCCCCAUAUGAUAAAGAUCUCCCUGAAGGUUUCUACAUCAAUAGAUGGCGGGAACCUGGCAGGGCUGAAGCUGAUUUUGGACGCCUUGAUGCAAAAACAGUUGUUAGGAAUGUUUACAUCCUUUUCUCAAGAAGCGAACUACCAAUAGCUGCUGAGAACCAGGAGAUCAUGGACUUGGUGGACUCGUCCACACCUCUUCCCCCUUGGUUUACUGAGGAAGAUCUUGAAGCAUAUGGAAAGCUGUAUGAGAAAUCAGGUUUCCGAACUGCCUUGCAAAUGCCAUAUAGGAAAUCCAUAGACGACUUGGGCACAACCGAAUCAAUCGUUAGAGUUCCAGUGCUGUUUUUAAUGGGAGAGAAGGAUUAUUUCUUGAAAUUUCCAGGGAUAGAACAUUACAUAAACAGUGGAAAGUUAAACGAGUUUGUCCCCGAUUUGGAGAUUGUAUCUCUGCCGGAAGGAACACAUUUUGUUCAAGAACAAUCACCUAAACAGUUGUACCAGAAAAUGGACCAGAUUCAGCACAAGUACGUAACCGUACAUGGCCUGAACCUCCACGUCGCCGACUUCGGAACCGGUCCCAAUGUGGUCGUGUUCCUGCACGGAUUCCCAGAAAUCUGGUACUCGUGGCGCCACCAGAUGGUCGCCGUGGCCAAUGCCGGGUUCCGGGCCAUCGCGCCCGACUACCGCGGGUACGGACUCUCCGACCCACCACCCAAACCGGAGAAGACCACCUUCCAUGACCUCAUCAAUGACCUCCUUGGAAUUCUCGAUGCUCUGGCCAUUCCCAAGGUUUUCCUCAUUGCGAAAGAUUUUGGAGCCCGGCCGGCAUACUUGUUUGCCCUUCUGCACCCAGAAAGGGUCUCGGGAGUUGUAACAAUGGGAGUUCCAUACACACCACCAACAAGUCGUCCCCAAUACGAGAAUUCCCUCCCUGAAGGUUUUUACAUCAACAGAUGGCAAGAACCUGGCCGGGCAGAAGCUGAUUUUGGACGCCUUGAUGCAAAAGCAGUUGUUCGGAAUAUUUACAUCCUUUUCGCAAGAAGUGAACUACCAAUAGCUGCAGAAAACCAGGAGAUCAUGGACUUGGUGGACUCGUCUACACCUCUUCCCCCAUGGUUUACUGAGGAAGAUCUUGAAGCAUAUGGAAAGUUGUACGAGAAAUCAGGUUUCCGAACCGCACUGCAAGUUCCAUAUAGGGUGAUUAAAGAAGAUUUGGGCAUAACCAAUGAUCCAACUGUUAAAGUUCCAGUGCUGAAUAUAAUGGGAAACAAGGAUUAUGUAUUCAAAUUUCCAGGGAUGGCAGAUUACAUAAACAGUGGAAUGUUGAAAGAGUUUGUCCCCGAUCUGGAGAUUGUAUUUCUCCCUGAAGGAACUCAUUUUGUUCAAGAACAAUUGCCUGAACAGAUUAAUGAGCUCAUCCUCACCUUCCUUGGAAAGCACAUUUGAUUGGUGAUGCUUCUAUGAUCAUUACCAGACAUAAAAUUGUCCAAGGUUCCAGAGAGAAGAUGAGGAUAGGGAAGGAUACCAACUUCCUACUUCUGUUGUGACAUGUAACUUUUCGAGUUUCUCUGAUACUGAAUUAAGGCAAUUCUGCCAUGAUCAGAUUCCAUAAAUGUUAGACAGGCAUUUUCCUUAAACUGCACUCUUUUUCACUUA